AUGGAGGAGAAAAGAGAGCGGAUGAUAUGGACAGAAUUUGUAACUCGGUUUAACAUAAAGAGAGUUGUAGAGUUCUAUGGGGCCACUGAAGGAAAUGCUAAUAUAGUGAAUAUAAAUAACAAGACAGGAGCGAUUGGAUUUGUAUCCAGGAUCAUACCUGCAGUAUAUCCAAUUGCUAUUCUGAAAGUUGAUCAAGAAACUGGGGAACCUAUCAGGAACUCGCGAGGUUUAUGUCAGUUGGCCAAACCGAACGAGCCCGGCGUGUUCAUCGGUAAGAUCCAGCCCAACAACCCCUCGAGAGCAUUCCUCGGUUACGCUGACAAAGCAGCUUCGGACAAGAAGAUAGUCAGAGACGUGUUCACUCAUGGAGACUCCGCUUUCAUAUCAGGCGACAUCCUAGUGGCAGACGAGUUGGGCUACUUGUAUUUUAGAGAUCGUACCGGGGACACGUUCCGCUGGCGCGGCGAGAACGUCAGCACCACCGAGGUGGAGUCCGCCGUGUCGCGCGUCGCUGACCAGAGGGACGCUGUUGUUUACGGAGUCGAGGUCCCAAACAUCGAAGGACGAGCGGGCAUGUGUGGCAUCGUGGACACGCAGGGAACUCUAGAUUUAGAUCAGCUGGCUAAGCUGAUCGCGAAGGACCUGCCGGCGUACGCGCGCCCCGUUUUCAUGCGGGUCAUGACCAGCGUCGAUAUGACGGGCACAUUCAAGAUGAGGAAGGUGGAUUUACAAAAAGAAGGAUUCAACCCAUCAGUAAUAAAAGACAAAUUAUACUAUUUAGAUAUAAAAUUAGGCAAGUACCUUCCAUUAGGACCAGACGAAUAUGAGAAGAUUGGAAAGGGACAAAUAAGACUGUGAUUAAAUUUAAGAUUAUCCUAAUAUGGGAAGAAUUAUUAAAUGCAUGCCAGAUGCUAACUGAAGCUGAGAAUACACAAACAGUUGAUUCUGGUGUGUAAUAAAGGGGCUAAAAGGACAA